AUGGUCCUAAGACUAGCGGCAGCCUUCGCGGCUGCUGCACUUGCAUCUUCUACAUUCGCACAGGUAUCGACGAAGUGCGAUCCAACGAAGAACACCUGCCCUCCCGACAAGGGUCUCGGCACAUCCUCCUACUUUAUCGAUUUCACUACCCUGACGACUAAACCGUCUGACUGGACCUACGCCGAUCAGACGGUUGUCACCUACAACACCAAGAACAGGAAAAAUGGGGCUGAACUUGAGUUUCUCAAGAAGCACGAUGCGCCUCUCAUGGCGACCGACUUCACCUUUCUAUUCGGCAGAGUAGACGCAGUCGUCCAAGCGGCUCCAGGUCCGGGCAUAGUCACCAGCGUCAUUCUCUUGUCUGAUGAUCUUGAUGAGAUUGACUGGGAAUGGCGAGGCUCCUAUGACAAUAUCGUGCAAACAAAUUGGUUUGGAAGAGGCGUUACAGGAAACUACAAUCAUUCAACUUCACCUGGAGUUGCUAGCCCUUUCAAAAACUUCCGUACCUAUUCCUUUGAUUGGAACCAAGAACGCUUGAAUUGGGAGAUCGAUGGCAAAGUUGUCCGCACUUUGAAAGCUUCCGAUUGCGUCGGGACACAGAAUCAAUACCCUCAAAGCCCUAUGAAGGUAAGCCUGAGCUUGUGGGAUGCUGGUGACCCUGACGCCUACAACUCUUGGGGUGGCGGCAAAACACCAAUCCCUCCACCCGCGGACGGGUAUUCUUUCUACGUUAAGAGCGUCAAGAUUAGCAAUAUGUUCCCAGCGCAAUGGUACACAUAUGGUGACAAGACUGGCUCUUUUCAAAGCAUCAAGCGGGAAAAUAAAACGCUUCCUAGCAGCGCUACCAGCCUCACUUCUACUGCUUCGCAGAGCAUGAGCUUGAAUCCGAGACACACUUCCGAAUCACAAGCUCCGACGCCAGCAUCUUCUGCUCCACCAGCUUCCUCUAACAAGCCAGCAUCAUCGGCUCCUCCUGCAUCUAGCAGCAAACCUGCAUCCGGUGUUGAUCAGUCCACUUUGCACGGUUCGAGUAAGAGCGGGUCCUCAGCCAAGUCGACCUCGGCUUCAAAGACAUCGGGUUCAUCCCAUCAAAGCUCCUCAACCGUCAAAACGAUUACCACUAAUGGCAAAACUGUUGUGACAACCGUGCCAUGCUCUAGCUCUUCUCACAGCACUUCUUCAACCGUCAAGACUAUCACGACAAGUGGUAAGACAGUCGUAACGACUGUACCGUGCUCGAGCUCUUCUCGUAGUAGCUCUUCGACCGUCAAGACUAUUACGACAAGUGGUAAGACUAUCCUCUUCAACGGUCAAAACCAUCACUACGAGCGGCAGGACAGUCGUGACGACAGUGCCAUGUUCGUCAUCGCACAGCUCCGGCAAGACUACCGUCUGCACAAUCACGUCAGGCUCAAAGACCACUUUGGUAACAGGCACUACGCCUUGCUUAACUCCGCCACCGCCAAGCACGUCUUCUCAUACUCUUUCGCCUCCGAGUACGAGCAAGUCUUCCACUAUCUGCACAAUCGUGACUAG